UUUUAUCAUUAUACGUGUUUUGCUAUCGCUUAAUCUUUCCUCUGCUUUAUAAAACACUUGCAUGCACUUUAUAGCAACAGCAUUUAAGUAGCGAUCACUGACAGUAGCAGUUUGAGGCACAGUUCAAGUAAAAUAAAACGCUGUAAUGGUGAAUUACAUAAAACCUGCUCUCAUAUUUUUAAAUAUUUUUGCAAUUUAUGCACGGACUGACUCUACUGAAAAUGGUAAGAGCGCGUAACAAAUACUCCUUGUGAUUAUUUAUGCCAUUACUCUGUGUAAAACACUUUCAGAAAAUACGGAAAAUAAUUAUCCCUUUGUGAAAAUCGGCAGCAAAUACUAUUUUGUUAAUGCAUUUUUAAAGAUGAACUGGUUCGAAUCGUAUAACUAUUGUCGCUCUAUUGGCGGAGAUUUGUUGAAUAUUGAGUCCCAAGAAGAAUUGCAGGCGCUACAAAAAUAUUUGCUAGAAAUAAAUAUAGAAUCGCAACUUUGGACUGACGGCAAUGAUUUGGCAAGAGAAGGUAGAUAUAUGUCACACACCACAGGGCGACCAUUAGUCUUCGUCAAAUGGUUAUCAAAUAACCCUGAUAACCAACUUAAUGAAGACUGCAUUGAAGGACGUAUGCAAGGAAAUGACAAAACACUGCAAAUGAAUGAUAAUAAAUGUGAGCAUGAAUACUACGCGUUUUGUCAGUAUCGCGCAACUACCAUGCAUUGCAGUGCGCCGACUUCGUUAAUGAAUUCAAAUGAGAACUGUAUGCUGAAGAACAUAGCUGAGGCUUUUACGCAAGCAGCCGAUAUGCAUAAUGCAUGCACGCAACACACGCUCCAGCCAACGGCAUAGUGGAGGUGAGGGAGUUGUCGAAAUAUUUGUUGUC